ACAACUUUACUAUUGAAGAAUGAAUUCGCCGGUAUUAUUUAUCUUAUUUUCCAGUUUUCUUUAUUGUCCAGUACUCUCCGAAGAUUAUUAUGAAUUAUUAGGAAUAGACAGAGACGCUAGUCAUAAGGACAUUCGGAAAGCGUUCAAAAAGUUAGCCCUAAAACUGCAUCCUGACAAAAAUAAGGAUGAUCCAAAGGCACACGACAAGUUUACUGUGAUAAACAAGGCUUACGAAGUUUUAAAAGAUGAAGAGCUUCGGAAAAAAUAUGAUUUAUAUGGGGAAGAGGGGUUGAAAGAUGACCACUUUGGUGGAGGACAUUACCAGAGUUGGAAUUAUUUUAAUGAAGAAUUUGGUAUUUAUGAUGAUGACCCAGAGAUUAUCACUUUAAGCCAUUCAGAUUUUGAGGUGUCAGUCGAUGGAAGUGAAGACAUAUGGUUCAUCAACUUUUAUUCACCUUUCUGUUCACACUGCCAUGAUUUAGCACCAACAUGGAGAGAAGUUGCUCGGGAACUUGAAGGAGUGAUCAGAUUUGGUGCUGUCAACUGCCAGGAAGAAUGGAAUUUGUGUCGACGACAAGGGAUCCCUAGCUACCCCUCCCUUGUGCUUUAUCCUACACAUGAAUUCCAUCGUGGUCCAAGAAAUACAGAAGCCCUUGUUAAGUUUAUACUGGAUAAUCUGGAAGUUAACCUUUUUGAUUUAUGGGAAGGUAACUUUGAGAAGCAGAUAAACAAAGGCAAUGAACCUUGGUUGAUUGACUUUUGUGUUGCUGGAGGAGACUGCCUUGACUCAGAUACCAGAAUUAAACUUUCUGCUAUUCUGGAUAAUUUGGUGAAUAUUGGUACUAUUGAUUGUGAAGCAAGUUCCCAGCUGUGUAAAGAUGUUGGCUACAGUGAUGACUUGGUGUACUUUAAGGGAGAUGUUGAACCAGGCAAAGGAGAGGUUAUUGACAGUUUAGAUGCCCAUGAAAUUGUCAGUAUGAUUUUAAAGAAGCUUCCUGAUCCUGUUAAUAUAGACUUGAAGAAAUUUGAGGAACUUAGGGAAGAACUCUCCAGUACUACUGAUCUUCCUUGGGUGCUGCAUUUUGACAGAGGGCCAAUGAACAGCAUGGAAAUAAGAAAGCUGCCAGCAUUUACUUCAGAUAUUAACGUUGGUCAUGUUGAUUGUAGUAAAGAAGUAGAGAUAUGUCGGCGAGUUCAUAUCAGAAAGUUCCCCAUGGUGGCCCUGUUCAAAAUACAUGGAUACUAUGAGUGGCAUCAUGGUCGCUUCACUGCACAUGAUAUUGCUGUUUUUGCUAAAGAGAGUGCUUCUUCUAGCGUGCAGACCUUAGGACCUGAAGACUUCCCGGCUAAAAUCACUAAACCUAAUCAUCCAUUUUUCGUUGAUUUCUUUGCUCCAUGGUGUCCACCUUGCAUGCGUCUGUUGCCUGAAUACAGAAAAGCAGCUCGAUCAUUUGAAGAUCACGAAGUUGGUUUCGGUACCGUGGACUGUACUAUUCAUUCCAACUUAUGUCAUAUGUAUAACAUACGCUCCUAUCCAACGACGAUAUUAUACAAUAACAGCCUUCCUCAUCAAUUUACGGGCCACCACACAGCAGCUGAUUUGGUGGAGUUUAUCGAGAACACCAUGAAACCUUCGGUUGUACAGCUGACGCCUGAAACAUUUAAAUCACUGGUUGGAGAAAGGAAGAACGGUGAAACAUGGCUGGUAGAUUUUUAUGCACCCUGGUGUGGACCGUGUAAUGAACUGGCUCCUGACUGGAACAAGCUUGCCAAGCAAAUGCAAGGAGAAGCUGGUGUUGGGUCAGUGGACUGUCAAAAGUAUCGAUCCUUUUGCCAAGAGCAAGGAGUGAAUUCAUACCCCACCAUUCGUCUUUAUCCUCACUAUUCCCAAGGAUCCCGUACCUACGUGGGCCAUCGCGGCUGGCGGGAUGUAGAUUCUCUAUACAGCUGGGCAUUCAAGUACCUUCCUUCGCUUGUAACGCAGCUGAAUUAUCAGGCAUUCAUGGACAAUGUUGUCGACAGUGAGGAUCCUUGGAUCAUCGAUUUCUACGCCCCUUGGUGUGGCCACUGCAUACAAUUUGCUCCCCAUUACGAAAAAGUGGCAAAGUUGUUAGAGGGACACGUCAAAACUGGUAAAGUGGAUUGUGAACAGGAGUACCAUCUGUGCUCAGAAGCUGAUGUGCGAGCAUACCCAACUGUCAAAUUAUACCUUGGGUCACCAGGAUCUGGAAUGAAUCAGCCAGUAAAUGGGCACAUGAAUAUAGACUCUCAAAACCCGAAUGAGAUACGGGACAUUGUACUUCAAGCUGUGGAGGAAUACAAGGCUGACUUGGAAGACGAAAAAAGAAAAAAGACAAAGACAAAGACAAAGACAAAAAAGAAGAGCAAGAAGAAGAAAAAUACUCCGGUACAUGAUGAAUUUUAGAAGACUUAAAGAAACGUAUCUCUACAAUCACAAGAGUCUUACACCGGCCACACUCUGGACAACCUUUUUGAAAUUGGUCAAUUUUUAACGUUUGGUGUCCAUUAGUUCAUUAUGAACGCCUUACCCGAGGUGCGGUUUGGUGAAAAGUUUGGCUGUAUUACCCACUUGCACACCAAAGUCGAGAUUUUAUAGACAAGUAAAAGGAAUUUUUAUUGGUA